AUCUCUGUUUCUGCUUAGGAACUAUGUCUUCGCCGUCUCCCGGAGCGGCUCCUCCUCCCACAUCGCCGCCGCCGCCACCAGCCAACAUUACUUCCCCUCCGCCUUCUACUCCGGCUCCCUCGACCUCCGCGCCCCCGCCUUCGAGAAGAAACGGAAAAGGCAUCAUGGACCAGUGGAUUACUAUUCUCCACCACCACCUACUGGACUUAAAGCUGAUGCAUAUGGUGGGCCUGCUUACCAAUGGCAACAAAAUGCUCCACCACCAGGGAAUGUUCCUGUUGUGAUUCCUCCAAAGCAUCGUUCCCCACCUUUAGUGCAUUAUGGCCCCCACCAUCUCCCAUUCCUUCCCCUCAAGGCCCUCACCCUCCGCAUCCACUUCGACCUCAAAUGAGCAGUGGUGGAACUUCAUCCAACUAUUCGGGUUCUUCAAAUUCACUUAUACCACUUUCUCCCGGAAUGUCCCUAAGCAUGUCAAAAAGCACAUUUACCUAUGAAGAAUUGGCAAGUGCAACUGAUGGCUUCUCAAAAGCAAACCUUCUUGGACAAGGCGGUUUUGGAUAUGUGCAUAAAGGAGUACUUACAAAUGGAAAAGAGGUUGCUGUUAAACAACUGAAGGAUGGAAGUGGGCAGGGUGAGCGUGAAUUUAGGGCAGAGGUCGAGAUCAUUAGCCGGGUCCAUCACAAACAUCUCGUUUCUUUGGUUGGAUAUUGCAUCACCGGGUCUCAGAGAUUGCUUGUCUAUGAGUUUGUGCCUAAUAACACUUUGGAAUUCCACUUACACGGAAAGGGAAGGCCUGCCUUGGAAUGGCCUUCACGACUUAAGAUUGCUUUGGGUGCUGCAAAAGGACUGGCAUAUCUUCAUGAGGACUGCCAACCCAAAAUCAUUCACCGUGAUAUCAAAUCGGCCAAUAUACUUCUGGAUUUUAAUUUUGAAGCAAAGGUAGCAGAUUUUGGACUUGCAAAAUUAACUUCCGAUACUAACACUCAUGUCUCCACACGAGUAAUGGGCACAUUUGGAUAUUUGGCUCCAGAAUAUGCUUCUUCAGGAAAACUAACUGAAAAAUCAGAUGUAUUCUCGUAUGGGGUUGUGCUCCUGGAGUUGAUUACUGGGCGGCGACCUUUUGACUCCAGUCAAACUUUCAUGGAUGAUAGCUUGUUAGAUUGGGCAAGGCCAAUUCUAACUCGGGCUCUUGAGGAAGGAAACUUUAGUCCUCUUGUGGAUCCACGGAUUGGAAAUGAUUACAGCCGAAAUGAAAUGGCUCGUGUGGUUGCAUGUAUUGCUUCUUGUGUGCAACAUUCAGCUAAGCGUCGUCCUAGAAUGAACCAGGUUUUGAGAGCUUUAGAAGGACAAGUUUCACUGUCUGAUCUUAACGAAGGAAUCACACCGGGACACAACAUGGGGUACAGCUCAUUCGGGAGUUCAGAUUAUGACACCAUGCAAUACAAUGAUGACAUGAGGAAGUUCAGGAAGAUGGCAUUGGGAACCCAUGACUAUGGCAGCACCGGUCAAUAUAGCAACCCGACGAGUGAAUAUGGUGUGAAUGGCUCAAGCAGCGGUGAAGCCCAUACAACUGGGAAGCAAAGUAGAGGUUUCACUUGAAGAGUUGGAAAAUGGAAACUUAGCACAUAAAAAAAAACCAAGUGCCACAUUGGUAUUGUUCUUAUUGCAUGAUAUAUACUUGUCUCAGCAUAUGAGUAAAAUAGGUCAUUAUAGAGCUCUUUCUUGGUAAGUACUCCAAGUAGUAUCUUAAUGGUUAAUUACUUUGGCAACAGAUAAAUUUCUUUUCGUUUUAGGUAAGAAAUUUAACUGUCUGCU